AUGGCGACACUCGAAGAAAAUUUUAGUUUGCAGAAUGGCGAGGAGGCCCUGGGUGAGGAGGUGCUGCGUAUGUCAACUGAUGAAGUCAUAGGCAGGACUCGUCUAUUAGACAAUGAAGUCAGUAUAAUGAGAACAGAUGACCAACGAAUAAAACAUGAAUUGCAGGCACAAAAAGAAAAGAUUAAAGAAAACACUGAGAAAAUCAAAGUUAACAAAACUUUACCUUAUCUUGUAUCUAAUGUUAUAGAGCUGUUAGAUAUGGAUCCUCAGGACCAAGAAGAAGAAGAUGGAGCUAAUGUUGAUUUGGAUGCUCAGCGAAAAGGAAAAUGUGCUGUCAUCAAGACAUCCACAAGACAGACAUAUUUCCUGCCUGUCAUUGGUUUAGUAGAUGCAGAGAAACUCCAUCCAGGAGAUUUGGUGGGUGUGAAUAAGGAUUCUUACUUGAUAUUGGAAUCUUUACCUCAAGAAUAUGACUCCAGGGUUAAAGCUAUGGAAGUUGAUGAAAGACCCACUGAGCAAUAUGGUGAUAUUGGUGGCCUUGAUAAGCAAAUCGAAGAGCUCAUUGAAGCUGUAGUUUUGCCAAUUACACACAAAGAAAGAUUUGAAGCCCUUGGAAUUCAACCACCAAAAGGUGUAUUGUUAUAUGGCCCACCAGGUACUGGCAAAACGUUGUUAGCUCGUGCUUGUGCUGCUCAGACUAAAUCCACUUUCCUUAAACUUGCUGGUCCUCAGCUUGUACAGAUGUUUAUUGGGGAUGGUGCCAAAUUAGUAAGAGAUGCUUUUGCUCUGGCCAAAGAGAAAGCACCAGCAAUUAUUUUUAUUGAUGAAUUGGAUGCUAUUGGUACAAAGAGAUUCGAUAGUGAAAAAGCUGGUGAUCGUGAAGUGCAAAGAACAAUGUUGGAACUUUUAAAUCAAAUGGAUGGAUUUAUGCCGACUUCUCAGAUUAAGGUCAUUGCUGCAACAAACAGAGUGGAUAUUCUUGAUCCUGCCUUGCUCAGGUCUGGACGCCUUGACCGUAAAAUUGAAUUCCCACACCCCAAUGAAGAAGCAAGGGCUCGUAUUUUACAGAUUCAUUCUAGGAAAAUGAAUGUCUGUGAAGGUGAUGUGAAUUAUGAAGAAUUGGCCAGAUGCACAGAUGAUUUUAAUGGAGCUCAAUUAAAGGCAGUGUGUGUGGAAGCUGGUAUGAUUGCUUUGAGACGUGAAGCCAAGGAGUUGGUCCAUGAAGAUUACAUGGAUGCUAUCAUAGAAGUUCAAGCAAAGAAGAAAACUAACUUACAAUACUAUGCCUAA